AUGAGUCUCCAAGAAGGUGGCCUGAGUCUCAAGGUCUCUGAGCUGUCUGCCACUUACCAAAACAACGAUAUGGUCAUCUUCGCAACUCUAAAUCUUCCACUUGCGAAUGGUGCAACCAUUAAUACUGUGUGGCAAUAUCGAUCCCUUUCAGAGAACAAUCCUCUGUCACAUCCAACUUCUUGCAACAAUAUCCGCUCCAUUUCCACUCUGAAUCUCGUCUCCGGUGCAUCUUCUUGUGCCUAUGUUAUCGAUGUCGCCGGUUGGGCCACCGAACUCAAACUGGGCGGCGAAUCACCGGGAAUUCAGUUUACCGCUCACCGUGCUAUCGGGAUCGCUCUAUUCUGUCUUGCAACAGUCUUUGCGUUGUUUCUAAGACCCAAACCAAAGCAUAAGUACAGAGUGUACUGGAAUAUCUACCACCACACCAUAGGCUACACAGUGAUUAUUUUGGCGGUGGUAAACAUUUUCAAAGGGCUAGACAUAUUGAGCCCUGACGUGCAGUGCAGAAUCGCUUACACCGCUAUAAUUGUGGCAUUGGGUAUAGUCGCGGCCGUGCUUGAAGCAUUUACUUGGUAUGUAAUCAUAAAGAGAGGGAAAGCAGAGGAAUCUGCGAAAACGGCUCAGCUCGGAAACGCUGGCAGAGAUGUAGGCUGUGUUCUUUUCAUAAUCGCAGAGAUAGCGGCAGCGACGGAGCUAAACAGCAACAGGAACAAUGAGCAACCAAGUUAA